AUGCUGACAGUGUAUUUCUGUCUUUGCAUUUUACACAGGACUUUGCCUGUGCUCCUUUCAAGCUGCUGUUUCCACACCCCUCUCCCAUUGUCAGAAAAAGACUCUGCCCGCAGCUCUCUAAGCCCAUUAUGCAGCAGAAAUUAUAGGUCAUGUGAUCACUUACACAAAAAAAGAAAAGAAGAGAGAUUGGGCCACAGUCUAUACACCUGUCCUGGCAAGUCAUAUGCUAUACUCUUCCAGCACAUAGAUGAGGUUCACUUAAGGCCUACUCUAAGGACUUCUUCCAGUCAAGCCAAGAAUUUCUAUCUCUUCAGGUUCUUCAUCCACAUAUCAGCAAGGCAAGGCUAG